AUGCCGUCUCGUCAGGAGCCUGAGGUGAUCACCUUGUCAGACACCGAUGAGCAGGAAUCACAGGAUCUUUUCGAAUCGCCUAUUGAUGAGAAGAAGUCCAGGAACUGUACUGACGAUUCAGAUGAUUUAUUUUCAUCUCCUGAACAAACGGAAGAUGUUCUAAUUAUUGAACCUCGCAGCAAGAAGCCAUCUUCUUUAAGUCCAAAGUUGGUGCUGAAAAAUGGAAUCGAUCCAAGAAACUUGAAUGGAAAAAUACGGCGUUCAUCAUCAGUCAUUGUUUCUCCACGAAAAAGUCUCACUCCUUCAGUUAUUUGGCGUAGGAAAAGAAGCUCCAAUGGUUCAACAGAAGAAAAAUCGCCAUUACAUGGUACGUUGUCAAGGAAGUUCUCUCCUGGAAAAGUGAAGCGCAUUGGCCCUCCAGAAAGGAAGGUGAAGUCGGAUCCAUGGACGAAUAUUAAAUUGGGCGAAAUUUCCAAAAAAUUCGAGGAGCGCAACAAGAUAAUGACUGAAUUGGUUCAGAGGGAUAAAGACUUUCUCAAUAUAGUACAUGGUGGAGCUCUAGAACGGGUGCAGAAGGAAGCGAAGGAACGCCUGGUGGAAGGUGCCGUUAUACGGAACAAAGCGGAUCGCGCACGAAUGAAAGGAGUGACGUGUGCUGCAUCUAAAGCAUACUUCGAUGCCCUUGAACUAAGUCCUGACUCGAAAGAACGGCGAAUAAACGAGAUAAGCAGGGUUCGAGUUGUCGCCCAAAAAAUGCCUAGUACGCCAGAGAACUAUUGGGAGGUCGGAUUUCCAUCGGAGUCCGAGCAGAGACGUCGUGGACUCAUAAAGGAGAUCUGCUGCCCUGUAGAAUACCUCAUUUUCUCCUGUGCUGUAACAGCAAAUGGCCUUUCCUUGAAAUGA